AUGCAAACUAGGUGGUAACUGGUAACUAUGUCACAAUAACUUUGAUUGUAAAGUCUAUAUAAGGGCAUCCUUUUAUAUAUUUUAGGAAACAUCUAAUAAAAUGAACGGAAUAACAAUUUCAUUGUUUUUUAUUGUCUCAUUUAUCGCGGUAUCCCGCGGUCAAUAUAACGGUCUCGUGCGCAAUAAUGGGCAUCCCUUAUAUAACAUCCACCGAGACUUGGGCUUGAGUUGCUCUUGCGAAGAUCUCGUCAACCUGGUGGCUUUAGUGCGGGCAUUGGAAGAAAAAGAAUGCUGCUCAGCUGGACAUGCGCCAAGCGGAGGCCUCUCUAAUGCAGAAGAUCUUAUUAUGAAUUUAGUGAACGCCUUAAUUCAACUCACUACACAAGCGUUAAGCCAUAACUGUCACUGUCCUAAUCAAAGUGGAAAUAAUUAUCCUCCUCAUCCUGGUAACGGAGGAUCUGGCAAUUAUUAUCCCAACCAUAAUGGCGGGUCUGAUUAUUCCCAUUCGGACGGAGGCCUGCUUAAUCUUAAUAUACUCGAUUCGACAAAAAAAGGCAAUUUAUUAAAUCUUGAUGUAGCCAAGGAGCAUCUAUUAAGUCUUGGAUUAGGAGGCGAUGGAGGAAGCUCUCAGGGCUCAAAUGGACACUAUAAUUCAAACGGUCGAAAUGCGAAUGGGGGCAAAGAUGACGGUUUAAUAGAAGUAGACCUUGCGAACAGGAAAAAUAGUAAUAAUAAUAACUUGGUAGAUGUUAAUCUUGGAAACCAACAUCUCGUAGGAGUUAGUUUAGGUGGAGGGGGUAGUAGUAGUACACCUUCUCAAACUACUUACACUAACAACAAGACUGGAUCAAGCGGCAAAGGAUCUAAUUCUGGCGAAAAUAAUAUAGCAGAGGUCAAUCUUGCUGGGCAAACCAUAGUAAGUGUUGGAUUGGGAAGCAAUAAUGGUGGUGCAGUAAACGAUAAGUCUUAGUAAGUAUUUUAAUAAUAAUUCGUAUGUUCAUUGUUUAAGAUUUGUAUCUCCAAAAUCAUUCUAAAACAUUAAAACUGUUGAUUUUAAAAAUCAUUAAAAAAUAAAAUUAUUAAGA